GAAGACUGUGAGACUCUGUGGUCAACAAUCAACAUCAAUGUCAAAUUGUGAUUAAUCAGAUCAUAGCUUGUCAGGUGUUUAUCAAUAAAAUAAUUUAAUUUGAAUUAUUUUCACUUUACUGAAAUUGCUGGUUUUAUUUGUUGUAUAUCAGGUUCUUGUUUAUAUUGAAUAUGACAAAUAGAUCGUGUUUAUUAGUAUUUUUUAAUUAAAUUAUGUCUGCCCGAAAUUAUUUGUCUGCACGAGAGAAAAGUAACAUUAGAGGAGAUUGUUUACCGUAUAUUAACCAUCAAAAAUUUGCUCGUCGUUCAGAGGUGCCUGUGCUCUCUGCAAAUGAAUACAAUUUGGUAAACAGAAAUUUAAUUUAUUCGUACAAUCAUCAUUUUGCUGGAGAUAGUUUAGAGCGGUCAGGCACCCCUUUUUCAGAUUUCUUCUCUGAGAGCGAAACUGGAACUCCAGACUUUCAAAGUGAAGAGAGUGACAGUAGUGCAGGGUCGGUGUUGAAAAGAAAUACAGCGGAAGCGACGAAAACAUUAGCAGACGAGUGGGACCGAAUAGAGAGAACGCUCUACGAUGAGGACGGGGAAAAGUGCAUGCGCCCUCAGAUCAUUGAGGAGUGCAAACAGUGGCAACAGUUGCAUCCACAACUUAGGGUCAUUGGCAAAGGUCUGCCAACACCAGACAGAAGACUGCAUUAUAGACAAAUUGAGCAUGAGGAGAUCAUUGCAAUGCAUUACAGUGACUAUGAACAGUUCAGUGAAAGUGAGGAACGGCAAUCACAGAGCAGCACAGACGUCACACCAACCAAUUCUCCCAGAGCCUCUCUUGAAGACAUGCACAAUACAAAACUUUCAAGGGAGAAAACAUCUUACAGCACAUAUGGACCAGAUAUUGAUGUUUCAGACACAUUUAGCUCCCUCUUACACAUCACCCCCAUACAAAUCAGAAGUCCUUCACAUAAGAAGAAACAGAGUCAGUCUAUUCUUAGAUCAGACAUAGCUUCAUCCAAAUGGAUGAAGACUCAUCGGCCAGAUUCAUCUAUUAACUUUGGAAGGAACAGUGCAAAGUCAUAUAUUUCGUUGGAUACAAAGAAUUUGUGUAAUCUAAACUCAGUGGAACAGAAGAAAAACAACAACAGGGUCUUUACAGCAAGGUUAAGGGAUAUGUCUCACUUACAGCCUUUAAAUUCUCCCGACAUUCAACAUGGAAUAUCAAAAUAUCAAAAUGGAAUGCAGCCACAGUAUAAUAUAAGAAAAGUAUCAUUACCUCCUUUAUUAUUAGAAGAAGAGAAAAAAAAAGUUAGUUUUGGAUCUGCCAAGAAACAAACUAAAUAUCGAAAGAACAAUAAAAUGCAUCAUUUUGAUAAAUAUAAGCACUCUUAAUAAUUGUUAGGUGCAUUAUUGUCUGAUAUUAUUAUCUUGUUGAAUUUGUUAAACUUUACACUGGACAGAAAUUAUGAUCAUCUAACAUGAUCAUUAUUUACUAUUUUAAGAAUUGCAAUUUGAUUUAACAUUAUCCACAAUAUGAGAUACAUUCCUAUAAAUCUAUUUUUAUCAGUAUUACAAAAUCUAGUCAUAAAUAAUUAUAAA